UUGUGUUUAACCAAGCAUGUGAAUGUUGUGACUUCCCGUCGUUUUCUAGUGGAUCUCAGCGGUAUUCCACCAUCACGGUCGUUUCUGGAGAGGCUAGACUACGAAUCAGAACUAGGAACAGUCGAUCCGUUCGAAGAGGAUUUUUCUGCCAUAGCCAGAUAUGAAAUCGUAGAGGUGAUUGCAGAUGGUGAUCGAGUUGGAAGGCCUAUAAUCGUAAUUUACGCGUAUCGUCUUCCUCCUAGCAAAUCCAUAGAUCACGCACAGCUACUCCGGUAUUUGCAAUCAAUCCUCGAUAAGGUGGUUGACUUGGAUUAUACCAUAGUUUACUUCCAUUAUGGUCUGAGAAGUCAUAAUAAACCUCCCAUUAAGUGGUUAUUUCAAGCAUAUAAGGUGCUUGAUAGAAGAUUCAAAAAGAACCUGAAAGCCCUAUAUGUUGUGCACCCUACCCGUUUCAUUAAAAUUAUCUGGGGACUAUUUCGACCAUUCAUUUCUUCUAAAUUUGAGGACAAAUUUCAUUAUGUGAAUUGUAUAAAGGAACUAGAAGAAGCUCUGUCAGUGGCCAGGCUGAACUUGCCUCAACCAAUUCGAACACAUGAUGAGCAGCUGCUGAUAGGCUCUGGACAAGCAUCCGGUGAUAACAGAUCUCAAACUCCACCUACACCCCCCAGACCUACGCAACAGUUUGGCGUUUCCCUAGAAUUCAUUUUGUCGCACCACCCUGACCACGAUGUACCACCCAUCGUUACUGAACUGAUCGAAUUCCUCACAAAGCAUGCUUUGGAUGUCGAAGGCAUCUUCAGGAAAAGCGCCAAUGUGGGGAGAGAACAUAUUGAUUUCGAAAACGAUCCUGAGUAUGUUGACAAUCACUACGUUGCUUGUAUACAUGCAUCGGUUCUACUGAAAACAUUCCUGCGAUCGCUAGGUGAGCCCGUGACAACCAAUGCUCUCUAUCCACGUCUUGCUGCUCUGGCAGGUUUGUCGAACAUUUUGUCGCACCACCCUGACCACGAUGUACCGCCCAUCGUUACUGAACUGAUCGAAUUCCUCACAAAGCAUGCUUUGGAUGUCGAAGGCAUCUUCAGGAAAAGCGCCAAUGUGGGGAGUAUUCGCAGACUGCAGGAACGUAUCAACAGAGGAGAACAUAUUGAUUUCGAAAACGAUCCUGAGUAUGUUGACAAUCACUACGUUGCUUGUAUACAUGCAUCGGUUCUACUGAAAACAUUCCUGCGAUCGCUAGGUGAGCCCGUGACAACCAAUGCUCUCUAUCCACGUCUUGCUGCUCUGGCAGAAAUUCCUAAAAAGGAGAAGACGCCAGCUGUGAAAGAAUUCGUCGCUCUACUUCCUCGACCUAACUAUCUUCUACUACAAAAAGUUGUACACUUCCUCACACUGGUGGCUGCUAAUCAUAAUGUGAACUUAAUGACCGCGAAUAAUCUCAGUGUUGUUUUUGGACCGAAUCUUACAUGGCCUACUGACCAGCAGGUGCCGAUCGCCCAGCUGAACAAUUUGAAUAACUUCUGCUACAGGCUCAUUGUUGAUUAUGACCAGAUUUUCAAAAGGGAAAUUGACAACCCAACGCUAUCACCUUUCCAGACGGGACUGGUAGCACCCGAAGCGGUGAAAUCGUUCUUGGUUCGAGCAGAAGUUGAUGUACUCGAUCUUUUGUGA